CCGACGUAAUUCUUAGCUCUUUAAAAAAGGCUCUGUAUCUUUAAGAUGUGUUAAGCUUCGUGCCUCUCGCAGUUGGGGGCCUGUAAACAGUCACAUGCAUAGUUGUAAAAGUCUGGACAGACCGGUCAGGUAAGUUAGAAAGGUAUCAGAGGGGUUUAAGCCUAGACAUUAUUUUUACACCCAGGAGACUUACUGAGUGGAGCUCUAAGUUAAUUCCUUUUACAGGAAGGUGGUGGGGGACAGCCUCUGUUAAUGUCAGAUGCAUAAGCGAAAAGCAUAAUGCAUUACGGCAGGCAGACUCUGGUUUUGGGGGGUAGAUGCUCAAGAAAACCCAGCGAGGCUCCCUUAAGGCUGGACUCACCUUUGCCUGUCGGACCCCUUAACCUCAUGACCUUUGCCACGGGUGGGACUCCUGGUGCUGGCUCCCAGCAAUAGGUUCCUAAGGGUCCUGGUAGAAAAACACUCUGUUUUUGAGAGUUGGCAUAAGAUUGUCUAAUGUGAAUGUGUUUGGCAUAUAGUUUUUAAAACUAGGGCUACAUUAAUGGUGAAUUUGUUAUACUUUCUUAAGUUAAGAAUUCUAUUUCUUUAGUGUUUCUAAACCGUUAUGGUGAUCAUUGUGGUGUUUCAUAACUUGAUAUAUCUCUCCUACACAUGUGAUCAAGCAUUUACAACCCACAGCGAACAGUGAUAAACUAGAAACAUUCCAAACAUUGAUGCUGGGAAGCCCUGAAAGCUGUGAAAUCAAACAUGUUCAUCUUUGGGAAAGUCAGGAGAACAUGUGUGACUUUGAGUGUCAGGGGAGAGAUGACAAAAGAAAUUACAAAGGCUCACCUAUAAGCCUUAAUGGAAAUGUGCCUGAUGGAAGAGAUUCGCAUGAUAGAAAGGAUGGAGGCAUCAAGCCCUUUGGAAAGAGGUUUGGAUUUAACUUUCAGGAUAAACUGCAGAUAUUUCAAACUAGCAGAAUAAUUUCUGAAUAUAAUGAAGUUAAGAGUUCUGUCAACAACAGUUUCUCAUUUUCACCACUUCAAAGAAUUCCUCCUUGUGUCCAAACCAGUGUUUCUAACAUAUAUGGGAGUGAUUUUAUGAAUCCUUCAGGAAUAAGAGAAGAACUCAAAGCACACAGGGAAAAACCUUACAAAUGUGAUGAGUGUGGCAAGGCCUUUACUCACAGCUCACACCUCAGGAGACAUAAGAAAAUUCAUACAGGAAAGAAAUUAUUUAAAUGCGAUAUAUGUGACAAAGUCUUCAGCCGAAAUUCAAACCUUGCUGGUCAUCAGAGGGUUCAUACUGGAGAGAAACCUUACAAAUGUGAUGAGUGUGGAAUGGCCUUUCAUGUAAAGUUAACCCUUUUAAGGCAUCAGACAGUUCAUACUGGUGAAAAACCUUACAAAUGUGGUGAGUGUGACAAGGCCUUUUGUGUAAAGUCAAGCCUUUUAAGGCAUCAGACAGUUCAUACUGGAGAGAAACCUUACAAAUGUGAUCAGUGUGGCAAGGCCUUUCGUCUGAAGUCAAGCCUUUUACGUCAUCAGACAGUUCAUACUGGACAGAAACCUUACAAAUGUGAUGAGUGUGGCAAGGCCUUUCGUAUAAAGUCAAGCUUUUUAAGUCAUCAGACAGUUCAUACUGGAGAGAAACCUUACAAAUGUGAUGAGUGUGGCAUGGCCUUUCAUGUAAAGUUAACCCUUUUAAGUCAUCAGACAGUCCAUACUGGAGAGAAACCUUACAAAUGUGAUGAGUGUGGCAAGGCCUUUUGUGUAAAGUCAAAGCUUUUUAUUCAUCAGACAGUUCAUACUGGUGAGAAACCUUACAAAUGUGAUGAGUGUGGCAAGGCCUUUCGUCUAAACUCAAGCCUUUUAAGUCAUCAGACAGUUCAUACUGGAGAGAAACCUUACAAAUGUGAUGAGUGUGGCGAGGCCUUUCGUAUAAAGUCAAACCUUUUAAGGCAUCAGAAAGUUCAUACUGGAGAGAAACCUUACAAAUGUGAUGAGUGUGGCAAGGCGUUUCGUGUAAAGUCAACCCUUUUAAGGCAUCAGACAGUUCAUACUGGAGAGAAACGUUACAAAUGUGAUGAGUGUGGCAAGGCCUUUCGUCUUAAGUCAAGCCUUUUUGGUCAUCAGACAGUUCAUACUGGAGAGAAGCCUUACAAAUGUGCUGAGUGUGGCAAGGCCUUUCGUGUGAAGUCAAACCUUUUAAGUCAUCAGACAGUUCAUACUGGAGAGAAGCCUUACAAAUGUGAUGAGUGUGGCAAGGCCUUUCGUGUAAAAUCAAGCCUUUUAAGUCAUUGGACAGUUCAUACUGGAGAGAAGCCUUACAAAUGUGAUGAGUGUGGCAAGGCCUUUUGUGUAAAGUCAAACCUUUUAAGUCAUCAGACAGUUCACACUGGAGAGAAACCUUACAGAUGUGAUGAGUGUGGCAAGACCUUUUGUGUAAAGUCAACCAUUUUAAGGCAUCAGACAGUUCAUACUGGAGAGAAACCUUUCAAAUGUGAUGAAUGUGGCAAGGCCUUUCGUGAAAAGUCAACCCUUUUAGGUCAUCAGACGGUUCAUACUGGAGAGAAACCUUACAAAUGUGAUGAGUGUGGCAAGGCCUUUCGUCUAAAGUCAACCCUUUUAAGGCAUCAGACAGUUCAUACUGGAGAGAAACCAUACAAAUGUGAUCAGUGUGGCAAGGCCUUUUGUGUAAAGUCAAUCCUUGUAAGUCAUCAGACAGUUCAUACUGGAGACAAACGUUACAAAUGUGAUGAGUGUGGCAAGGCCUUUCGUCUAAAGUCAACCCUUUUAAGUCAUCAGACAGUUCAUACUGGAGAGAAAUCUUACGAAUGUGAUGAGUGUGGAAAAGUCUUUGGUCAAAAAUCACACCUUCAACUUCACUGGAGAAUUCAUACUGGAGAGAGCCCUUUCAGAUGUAAUGAGUGUGGCAAGUUCUUCAGUCAAAAUGCGAACCUUAAAAAACAUCAGAAAAUACAUAUAGAGAAAGCUUUCAAAUGUUUCGAGUGUGGAAAAUCCUUUAUUCAGGUCUCAGCACUCACUAAACAUCAGAAAAUCCAUACAUGAGGGAAACUCAUGUGAAUGUGGUAUAUGGUAGAAGUCUUCAAAUGUCAAAGUUCAAAAUUCACACCCUACUGUUGCUCAGAAAAUCAUCCUCCUGAGAAACCAUACAAAUAUCGUGAGUGUGGCAACAUAUUAGGCUUUAUGAGAAUAUUCAUAUUGGAUAGAAGCCAGAUAUAUAUGUAUUUAUUACUCAGGUCUUUAGAAAAUGAAUUCAUUCUAGAAAGAUUCCUCACCAAUUUCACAAAUGUUAAAAAACACAAAAACAAACAAAAAAACCCUAUCCUCUCAUCUCACCAGUAGCAUCAGACUAUUUAUCCUGGAGAAAACACAA